AAACUGACAAAAGCGCGGCGCCAUAUUGCGUGCUUGUGUUUGGUUACUGUUCUGGCGCGUGGUCAAGAAUUGUUAUAUUUAAUUAAUUACCAUGUCCGAUAAUCAGGAACAAAAACCCGAAGCCGGCCCAGGCGACGCGAAUUCGGAAUACAUAAAGCUCAAAGUUGUCGGAAACGACAGUAAUGAAAUUCACUUUAGGGUAAAGAUGACCACUCAAAUGGGCAAACUGAAGAAAUCAUAUAGCGAUCGUGUGGGUGUACCUAUGACGUCACUGAGGUUUCUGUUUGAUGGCAAAAGAAUUAAUGAUGAUGAAACACCAAAGCAGCUCGAAAUGGAGAACGAUGAUGUGAUUGAAGUAUAUCAAGAGCAAACAGGUGGUCAUUACUGAGGAAAUAAAUCUAUUCAGUUUCAACAUCUUUUAAAGUGAAAGUGACUAUCGUAAAGAAAUGGACAAGUUUAACAGUAUAUAUAUAUAUGUAUGUUAUAAACAAAAUAUUAUGUAAUUUGGUUUUUUUAAGUAAUAUUUUGAUGUGCUGUUCUACAUUCCUGUAACGUGGCAAGUUUAAAAUCGUCAGCAAACAGUUUUCAUACUAAUGUAUACGUUCAUCCAGUAAAAACAAAACAGAGAAAAGAAUUAUGCCUUAAAUGCCGUAAGUCUUGUGUAUUAAUAAUUAUUUGGCAAUGUAUAUUUGCACUUUGCAGAUUUCUGAAACUUUAGAUACAUCGCGAGUAGCUUAUGAUUUGUUAUUGGAACGCGAUAAAUAAUGCACAUUGUGAAUAUGAUUUGAAACAAAAUUGUUGCGUUUAAGGCUGGUCUAAAAUAAAGUAACUGUAACAUUUUC